CUCCCUAUGCCCUCGAUGGCUCCACAUUGCCCCCUGCUUCACCGCACUCGAGUCGGACACACUCCACUCGCUGUGUUCCCCGCCACCCGGUUUUCCCGGCUCGACCUUUCCAGUGGCAGUAAUGGGUAACUCCGAGUCAGGCGAGGGCAUCUUCUCCAGCAGCAGCCAUCUUACCAGCAAUCGCCUCGCCUCCUUUAGCAUCCGAGCAAGCAGCAGCCACCAAUAUUAUCAGAGAAACCAGCGCGUCGAAACGAAUCCCUUUUCCUCGUUUCCUGUGCUGCUCUGUCCGUCAAUUCGUCUAAGUUUCUCGCAGAGCUUCUAUCCAGAGAUGGCAACAACAGCGGCGGGGUCUUCGGCUGCAGUCACUCGGACACUUCCCACCUCUACCGGCGCCGCAUGAGAUGUGCACCAAGAGCUGUCCGACUCUUCGUUUGCGUAUGGAGAGCACUCCGCCAUUUGUCCGUGUGUGUGUGCGCGCGCGUAUGUGUGAGUAUGUGUGUAUGUGUCUGUGUGUGUCUGACUGUCUGCCCGUCUGCUUCUCUGUCUAUAACUGGCUGUAUUUUCGUUGCCUGUCCCUCGGCCGUGGUCGAGCGGCCUGCCGGUCUACGGGUUCUGUCUUUGUGGAUGUCAUGCUAUCCCAUACGGUGUGCGUAUGUGCGAGACUUCCCUGUGUCGUCCACGGCCGAGCGCGACGAGUGCGCUCGCCGGGUGCCGCGCGCUCCUGCCACGACCAUUUCGAUGAUCAGCGGCAGCUGUGGCAGCACCGCCACCGCUUCUCCGCUACCAGCAGCAACGCAGCGCACUUUCAUCACAGCCAUGACAAGCAGACCAUCGGUGGUUGUUUGCUUCAUAGACUCAUACCGUCGGCCAUCGCCGUUGCUGAUCACUAGCCGGGUAUCGAGCGGCGGGCCCGCCUCCCCGAGGGGCGUUACCGUCCCCGCGCCACCGCCGCUCGCAGCGCUCCUGGCGGCCGUCGUGCCAACUAUUCGUGGGCAGCGAUAGUAGCAGACCAGGCGCCGGGCGGUGGAAGCCGCCGGGGAACAGCACAACAUGGGACAGUGCCUUCGCUGAGCCGCGUCAGUGCGAAGUGGCCACAUAUGAAAACAAAUAACACCGCAGAAUAGAUCACCUACGAACACUCAUACGACUGCUAGCCGACUAGUACGGUUAUUGCGACCAAUAUUUUCAAACUGUAGAUUUGAAGAGGAGCGAACUAGAAAAGCCGGCGGCGAGAAGAUAACACAGCCACGACGGAUGGACAACGCGGACCACUAGUACAACUAGCAACUUAAUAGCACAGCAAGGAACAUCAACAUUAUGGCGAUAAAGACAACAGGAAAGGACGAUGACGCUUAGUUAAAGUAGGACCCACAAUUGAGCUGCUGGAAACUUACUAACCAACGAAAUCCUGCUUGUGUCGACUAGCGAGGCCUGACACUUAGUGAGGAAGAGACCUGAGGAGGAUUAGCCCGCUAACCCGCAGCCUCUUGAAUAAAAGAACUUCUAAAAAAGCUCAUUGCAACGCUACGAUUACGGGAGUCUGACUUCGCUUCUGUUUUUUCCAUGUGUCUUUCUGUUUGUGUAGGCUUCGUGAGGGCCGCUGCCGAAUGGUGGACUUCAACUGAAGCGUGAGUGCGCGAAAUGCCGCGUGGUAUAGUUUCGACCAACAGUUUGCCGAAUAUAAGGCAAGUGUAGUUGAGUUUGUAUUAGUUCAAAGCAGAAAAAAAGUAAGCCAUGGUGCGCUACUUAAGAAAAACUGACGUGAGUGUAGGAACAAUAUGAACUGUGCGGCAAGUCGAAAUCGCCAAAGUGGUAAAUUGGCAAAAAGGAACGUCAGCAAAAAGGAGAACGGCACAAAGACAAUAGGAGCUCAGUAACUUCCUUUCGAGGUCUUGCAUUUUAACAGGUGGAGGUCAUACUUCAUAUUUUCAAGUGUUGCUCUGAGUUUUUGCUUCGAAGCUGCAAACGAAAACGAGGCGAAGUGCACGGAAAGAGAGUGGGAAAAAAAUACAGUUGGCUACCGUAAGGUAAGGCCGUUUGUACCCGUUUGGAGCUCUCCUGGACACCGGGGGGGUCACGCAGGCUAUUCAUGUACGUGAGGUAAUUAUCAUUGUCGAACUGACGAAUAAGGCAACGCGGUACAGAAUAAGCUUGGAUCAACUCUAGCACGGCGGUGUACCAGGAACCUAAGUGGCGGCGCUAAGCGAGUUUAUUAGGGAACGAAUCUGUGAAGAGCCCAAGUCUAGGGUACGUAUAUGUACAUAUCUAUAGAAAAACAAAGGUUUUUAGUAAUAGAUUGAGCCUGGCCAGUUAGCAACUAGAAGCUGUGCGGCAGGCGAAGAAGUUAUCUAGAGAGUAGCCUACAGCCAACGGCUCAACUUGAAUUCAAUGAACAAGUUGCUAACUUGUCGCCCGACACCGCUCGCCAUCUUCGUCAUUUUUUUUUUCCAUUAAUGUGAACUGGAUUACUACGGUGUAGCGUACGUUACUCAAACAAACUGCGGUAGUGAGUGGCAAGUGAUUGUAAGGAAAGAAUUACAUGACACAGUGAGUGAUCGGGUUCAGGGCUGAGUUCGCGCUGGGUGCGGUGAGUGGCCUAUCAGUCAGGCAGUAAUCAGGCUAAGCGGAAAUUGCCGUUGUGGGGGUGGUGUUGGUGAUGUGACAGGGGUCUGGCGUCCUGGCAUGAGCCUGGAAGACGCAAAGGGGCCGCGUACCGCCGGCCAGGAGAGCUCAGCGUUCAGAGACAACAGCGCGACAAGUUCAGCGCCAAACAACUGUAGCAGAAUUAGUCGCAGCAGCAACAACAGCAGCAGCUCGAAGAAGCGCGAACCUCAGUUCGGCUAUAACCCGUUUCGAGCGAAAGGAUAAACCUAAAAGUUGGAAGGUACGUGGCACGCCGCUACUCUCAACGACGUGAUGGAGGCCGAAAUCAAGCCUAUUGACUUCGACUUCAAACAGGAGCAUCCACGGCUAGGAGGGACACCUUUGGCGAUGCUGGCCGCUCAGUGCAACAAACUGGCCUCAAAGAGCCCCCCACCACUGGCAGACGCUGCCGUGGGUAAAGGCUUUCACCCGUGGAAGAAAACGCCUGGAAUCGCUCCCGCACCACUCACCUCUGCUGCCACUUUACUGGGGCAACCGGCCCCUGCAUCUCCACCGAAUUCACUGCCGUCGCAGAGUCCGCUAUCUACGCCGCCUGGACGUUCACCUGGUGGAACUCACACACCAACGAGCGGUUACAGCAUGCCAUCCGCAGCCCCGGGUCGGCCUGAUUCACAAGGUGGGGGUGGUGGUGGCGGCGGCGGAAUUCUCACUGCGGGGCAAACCCAAGUUCCGUCUUCUUAUUCUGAUAGCCUGUUCUAUCCUGCACAGAGCGUGGCCAGCAGCGUUGUGUCUAGUCAUCAUUCGCAUGGCACCGGUCAGGACAGCCAUCAUACCGGGCAUCCAUCACAUCCAGCCAGCCAACUAUAUGGCCGUUCGGCCUACGAAUCGUGGCCCUUCCACGUGGGUCAGACACAGGUCAAGAGCGAGGUUCCUACUCCCGCGACGACGCCGGCCAGCGCUACCGCCCCGUGGUGGGACAUGCACGCUGCGUCUUCCUGGGGCGGCCUUGACAUGGGCGUAUCCGCAUCAAGUAUGGGUGGGAUGGCGCCACAGCUCCCGACGAGUUACCCUCAAUCCGACUACGGCUCGCCUUUCGGUACGACUUUGGCGACCGCUGCGCCCGGCCUUCUGGCAUCGUCAGCCGCCAGUAACCAGCUCCUGCAAGACACGUACAAGACUAUGCUGGGUUCGCCAGGAGGCCCCGCCGCUCUCGGCUCGACCUCAUCAGUGUCCACUGGCAGUGGCACGAGCGGCUCUUCGUUUCUAUCCUCGCAGUCGACGGGCGUGACGUCUUUGGCCAGUGUACCGUCCCCGCGGUCCCAGCGAAGGUACACUGGAAGGGCGACGUGUGACUGUCCCAACUGCCAGGAGGCGGAGAGACUUGGCCCCGCUGGCGCCCACCUUCGAAAAAAGAAUAUCCAUUCGUGUCAUAUCCCCGGCUGUGGGAAGGUGUACGGCAAGACCUCGCAUUUGCGGGCCCACCUCAGAUGGCACACUGGCGAGCGUCCUUUUGUGUGCAACUGGUUGUUCUGUGGUAAGCGUUUCACUCGUAGCGACGAGCUUCAACGACAUCUAAGAACACAUACUGGCGAGAAAAGGUUCGCAUGCCCUGUGUGCAACAAGAGGUUCAUGAGGUCCGACCACCUGUCUAAGCACGUCAAAACCCACAACGGCGGCAACUCCGAGAAGAAGGGUUCGUCAUCAGGUUCGUGCUCCGACUCCGAGAAUUCGCAGUCUGAGCCGCAAUCGCAGGGCGGCCUAUUGGGUAACGCGUCACCAACUCCGACGCCAACGGCCGCGCAUGGCCUAGGCACCGGACACCAGCUGAUGGCAUCGCCGCCCCUGGGGGCAAUUAGCCCGAUGAGUCCGGCCCUUAGCCCCCUGGCACUGCCAGGGCACCAUCACUCGGAGCCGCCGCCGCCCCCCCAUCCCCAUCUGCUCAUGGCGGCACCCGAUCAUUUUGCGCCGCACAUGCGGAAAUAGUCGAUAGGCAACGGCUUACGAAUGUAAACGCUAAAAAGAAAGUAAAUAUAUAAUGAGGAGCGUGAUAAAUGCCACAGUGAGUCGAUCAAUCAGGGGAUCGAAUUCAUUCAUGGAAUUGAUCGACCACGAAAACAACGACGUGUUCCAACAAUAAACAACUCGUACCAUCACCAUCACUAUGGCUGCUACUAGAACGAAUCGCUAAAGCUUGUUGUUGUUGACCACCAUUGCUAGCUACUAGCUGCAUGUAUAUUAUCUAGCUGGAUCGAAUCGGGAGAAAUAUAUCUUGGGGAGGUUUUCGGGGCAUGUGUGGGAUCAGCAAGACGUGAACAGUCCGGACCCACUGUGGGCCCCCGCUGCGAGUCCGGCACCGCGCAGACCAGCGACCCCUUCUGGGAAUAUUACAGGACGGAACGACGAUCUUUUAGCAGACGACGACCACAACAACAACUAUUUCGUCAAGUGAAAUAAAGCGGAAAGAAAAUAUCUGCUGCCCG